AUGCCACCCCCCCCCCCCCCCCCCCAGUCUCUGCAGCUUAUGAACAAUAUGCAGGCUUCCGAAGAGUGGACCGUGGUGCGCCGACGAUCUCGACGCAUUCAAGGACUCGGUCCAGGCCCUUAUACUCUCCCAGACGCAGCUCGAGCUGUCCCGCAUCUUGCUGUGGAGGAGAUGCAGAAAGACUUCGACAACUACAACGCUCAGUUCAAAGCCUCGAACACUGCUAAAACUCUUCAUGAUACCAUCAAAGAGUUUGCCUCUGAUGCUUUGAACGUCAACAAUGAGAAACCUGUCACCAAGGCCAUCAGCCUGGGUAUUGGUUCCUUUGAUCCUGCUGAUGGAAGCCCGCAGCUCAAGAGACGAGCUCAUAUGCAACUUGCUGCUAUGCUGCACAUGGUCAGCUUGCUUGAGGAGAACACCAGCAGCGGGCAGAUCAAAUGCACUUUCCAGGAGCCUCUCUUCACCCCCAGCGACAUUGCUUUUCUCACCGCAAUGGGCCAUGAAGUGGUUGAAUCGCCCGUCGCCAGCAACUCGGUCACUGCUGGAACGCUUUUCUUCGGCCCCCAUUUGUACAAGGAAGUCUACGGCAUGGCUCUCAAGGGAGAGAUCCCAGUAGUCUGGGUUGGCACUGACUGGGUUGUCUGGGAAAAGGCCAAUGUUUCGCAGUCGAAAGAAGAAGAGAACCACCUUGGCGCCAUCAAGAAGAUGCAUGAGACGUAUAAGCACGUCCCCUUCCCUGAUGAUGAGAACAACACCAUCUUCUAUGGAACCUGUCUGUACCUCAAGUACCCUGAGCAUCCGGCUACUGCCAAGUUGGGCCUUGUCAACGUCCAGGACGAGCCAGGUGAUAAGACGUACACUUUCAACGUCCAACGCGAGCAGCGUGCUCAGAUGAACUACAUCACCAUCGAAGACGAUGAUGAACCAGCUGAGAUGGAUGAUGUCCACAUCAAACAAGAGCACGUUGAGAUGGAUAAUAUCUUCAUCAAACAAGAGCCUUUUUCCGAUUGA